GUCAAUGAUAAUUUAUCAGUACUUUUAUUUUAAUAUGUUUAUGGUAAUAUUUGACUGUAGUCAGUCGUCAACAUUUUGUUCAAUGUAAAAUGAAAGCUAAACAGAAAACAAAAAGAAAACUAUCAAAUUUAAUUAAUAGGUAAGUAAAUUGAAACAAAUUACUAACGCUUUCGCACUAUUAGAUACUAAUCAUUUUCUUAAUGUUCAUCAGAUCACCGAACAAAUUGAAAAUUUUUCAUAAUGGAACGAUUACAAACAUUGUUGGUACGUAAGGACAAAUUGUGCAUACCGCUAUGGAAAACUAUGUCAACCAAAUGUUACAUGGCUUUCAGUGCUCUCAGCGCUGGAGCCACUGUAAUUACAUUUUUUUUAAUAUAUUGGUUCUGUGGCGGCUUACUAGCGUUAUCAUUUCUUCUAAUAAGUAUUAUUGGUGAGUUACAGAGUUAUGGUGAUCUGUUAAAACAUAGUAUAUUAAAGUGUUAUUAUUGAUUAAUAUGUUACAUUUCUAAAUUUAUUAGGGUUUGUGUACCAUUCAGAAGACUGCUUAUUAUAUUAUCCAGACUUGCCUGAUCACUCACGUAUAUUCGUACCACAGCCAUCAAUGUAUGGUUUGCCUUAUGAAAAUAUAUUCAUUAAAAGUUUAGAUGGCACACGCGUACACUUGUUUCUGAUUAAACAACGGGGGGAAAUUUCUAAGAUAGUACCGACUAUUUUAUUUUUGCAUGGAAACGCUGGAAACAUGGGACACAGGUUAAAAUAUUUUAAAAUUUUUACCAAAAAUGUUCGUAUUAAUAUCUCAAUUUUUCUCUAUAGAUUAACUAAUAUAGUAGGCUUUUAUAAUGAGCUGAGAUGCAAUAUUGUAAUGCUUGAGUAUCGUGGAUAUGGAUUGUCCCAAGGAUCGCCAUCUGAAAGAGGAUUUUACAUGGAUGCGAGUGCAGCAAUGGACUUCAUUUUAACUCGUAGUGAUUUGAACCUUGGACGUAUCAUAGUAUUUGGCCGUUCAUUAGGUAAUGAUUUAAUUUGUUGUAAUUUAUUAAACAAAUCCCAUCACAAAUUUUGUCUUAAAGGUGGUGCAGUCGCUAUUGAUAUAGCUGCUCGUGUAGAAUAUUCGCGGAAAAUUUGGUGUGUAAUUGUUGAGAAUACAUUUACCAGUAUACCAGACAUGGCAACAGUACUUAUGUCGUCUGAACUUUUAAAAUAUGUCCCUUUGUUUUUAUACAAAAAUAAGGUAACCUAAUAAAACUAACACAUUUACUAAUUAAUUCUACAUUAAUAUUUUAAUCACAGUAUAUGUCUAACUGGAAAAUGGAAAAAAUGCAAGUUCCAAUAUUAUUUGUUUCGGGAGAAGAGGAUACAUUAGUUCCUCCAGCAAUGAUGACAAAUUUAUUUGAUGCUUAUUGUGGCCCUUUAAAACAGAUUGUGAGAUUUAGAAGAGGUUCACAUAACACUACGUGGAAUUGUCCUGGUUAUUACAGAAAGAUAAGAAAGUUUUUAAAGAUUACAGCAAAACAUAGGCCUACUGCAGAAGAUCUCCAUUGUGUCAUAAAAAUUGUGUGACAUUGAUAAUAUUAUUAGUUCCUAAACACGAAUAAAAUAUGUUAUAGUUAAUUAAACAAAUUUAAGAGUAAUGAAUACAAUUUUUAACUGUACACAAAUGCACAGAAUUUUAGAACUCAUGUUGUAUUCUUUGUACAUUAAAU